CCUGGGAGCUGUAUGACCUUGUCGCUGGUGGAGGGGCUUAAGUAGCUACAGUGAACCCAAGAGCUAAACCGGCGGGAGUUUUAUACUCCUGGCAGGGUCACCCAAGCCGGAAAGGUCGAGGGAGAGUAGUGAAAACUAAGAAACAGCUCAGCUACCCAAGCCAAGGUGGAAACGCAUCGUGCCGAGGGCUGAAUGGUGCGGGGGUAGGUAAAAAUGUCGCAUCGCAAACGAUCUCUUUGGGGAACCUGGCGCACCCCAUCGUAUUUAGCCUUCCGUCAGGCAUGGGGCACUACCUGGCGGUGACUUUUAUUUCCUCCAGACUCGUGGGACCUUUAUGGACCAUAAAUCAAAAAAACGGGAACCCGAAAGGGGGCCGUCAACAUCCGCCGGGGAAGCAGUAAUUGCUGACCAGGCGGAAAAUAAAACAGCCACUGGGAAGCAAACACCAGUGACUACUAUCUCUAGGGGAGUCGACAGACUGAACCUGGAAGGUAGGAAGAAAUUGUCUGGUGCGCAAAAGCGCAAACUUAAAAAACUGCGGAAGGCAGAGGCGGGAAAAGGACAGGGGCCGGUGACGGAACCUGGCUCAAGUACCACUCUAACUCCGCAGGCUGCUGAACCGGGGCCAAGUGGACUCGGGAAGAAACGUGGACGGUCGGACGGUAGUGAGCCGAUUUCCGACCGGCCUGUUUCCAAGAGGCCUAAGGCCACGGGACAGCGUGGCAAGACUUACGGGGAGGCGCUGUCGGGGAUCCAAGCAGUGGUGGUCCCCCAUGGAUACCCGGAGGUCCGAAUGGAUGAGGACCAGAUGGGACUUGUCCAGUCGGCGCUUCUGGGGGCCAUUGAUGGGAUCGCGGGCGAGGGUACACGACCGCGCUUCCUGGAGUGUCGUCGAAGGGGGGGAACGCUAGCGAUCACCGCCUUCAACGAGGAGAGCCUGCAAUGGCUGAAGACGACCACGGCGAGCUUGGUGCCUUGGGAGGGGGCUAGACUCAGCGCUGUUGAGCCUAGGGACCUACCUAAGUUCACUAAGUUCAUCGUGUGGAUUCCGGGUCAUCCUGAUGAACCGGAAACCAUCAUGCGCCGUCUGGAAAACCAGAACGGGGAAUUGAGGACGGGGGCCUGGAGGCUAAUCAACCGCAAGGUUGAGGAGAAGGGCCAGACCCUAGUCCUCUCAGUAGAUGAGAUGAGUGUGAAGGUACUUCAGAAGGAGGGCUUCAGACCAUUUCUGAACUUCACCAGGGUCCUUUUUAGGAACCUGGAGAAGGGCAGGGUAGAUUUGGGACCUUCUGAUGAAGAUCAGGAGGGACCAAAAUCUGUAUUAUCUGGUCAAAUUCCAGGUAAUACAAGCGAACAUUCAGCACAGUAGAGCGGCAUCUGCUGCUCUCUGUGCCAGUGUGGCGCGCGUAAAUGCGGAUUUAGCUUUGAUCCAGGAGCCUUGGGUACAUGGAUCCCGGAUCAGAGGAUUGCAGGGUUCUGCACGGAUGACCUGGUGGCGGCCGAAGUGACUUAUGUAUCGGAGGGAACGCAGAGACAACUGGUAGUUUGCUCAGCG